CACUGCAUCUACCCUUUUAAAUAGGAAAUGAAACCAAAACUUUUUUGUAUUCCUCAUCACUAAAAAUGAAGGCUCUGGCACCUCUUACUUUAUCCUCUUCAUUGUGCUUCUGGCUUUUGUCUGUUUCAUCAAUUUGCACCCUAUGUUUUUGUAACCAAAACUCGAAUCAUGCACCAUGUAUAGCAACUGAGCGACUGGUGCUUAUUCAGCUCAAGAACAAUCUCAUCGACCAUGCAAACCGUCUAUCUUCUUGGGUAGGCAAUGAUUGUUGCAGUUGGUCUGGUGUGGUCUGCAACAAUAUCACCGGUAAUGUCCAAGAGAUUCGUCUUCGAGGACCUGAUGACACCAAGGAUGAAUUGGAAGAAGCAUCUAAACAGAUGUUAGGAGGAACCAUAAGUCCUUCGGUGACCAAGUUAUUACAACUCACAUAUUUCGACUUAAGCUCUAACGAUUUUGGAUUGAUCCCAAUUCCAGACUUCAUUGGUUCUUUCCAGAAUCUAAGAUAUCUUAACAUCUCAAAGUCACAAUUCAGUGGGGAAAUCCCUCACCAACUUGGAAAUCUAUCAACAUUACGCAUUCUAGAUCUUCAUGACGAUCCAUUAUCCGUUAAUCUUUAUUCCAAAGGUUUAAAAUGGCUAAUGGAUCUUAAAGAGUUGCAAUACCUGGAUGUGGGUGGCAUCGACCUCGCUAAAGCUUCAGAUUGGUUUCAGGUGAUAAGCACGCUCCCUUCUUUGCUAGAAAUACGUUUUUCCUCAUGCGGGCUAAUUCAACUUCCUAGUAAUCCAACUACAGUUAGUUUCACAUCCCUUGUUGUCUUAGAUCUUUCGUACAAUAUUUUCUCCGACAGUUUGUUGCCUCAAUGGAUUUUCAGUCUACAUAAUUUAGUUUUAUUAGAUCUCACUAAUUGCUUUAUUAGUGGUCUGAAUCCGGGGAUUCGUGCGGAUUUCAAUAGCUUUCCUUCUUUAACGACUCUUAGUGUUUCAAGUAACACUUUUGUGAAUUCUUCCUCAUUACUGAAUGGCUUGUCCAGCUUAAGUAAACUUCGUUUGCUUGAUGUUAGUAACUGCAAUAUUUCUGCUCCAAUUCUUGGAAACUUACAUAACUUAUCGUUUACCGUUCAUCUUGACUUUUCGAAUAAUCAGAUUGUUGAAGAGAUACCUAAAUCUUUAAGUAAUCUUUGCAAUUUGAAUACCCUUGAUUUGCAGUCUAAUAAUUUUUUUGGAAAUGUGUCCGAGCUUCUUGAAAGGUUUUGUGAAUGUGAGUCACCUAAACUAAAACUAUUAGCCUUGCGUGGAAAUUAUGUAACUGGCCAACUACCUGAACAACUAGGACGUUUGAAGAAUCUAGAAAGCAUUGAUCUUGCUUACAAUCAAUUAACAGGGACCAUUCCAGAUUCUGUAGGAAGUUUGCAUCUCUUGAAAACAUUACAGAUGAAUAUAAAUCAACUCACAGGUUCUAUCCCAGAUACCAUUGGUGGUUUAUCGUCGUUGAAUUUCUUGGAUCUAUCAUAUAACAAUCUGAAUGGAAGUUUUCCUGAAAGUAUUGGGCGACUGGGGGAACUGGUUUUUCUAACUGUUCAUCACAAUUCGUUAACAGGUAUUGUUACCGAAAACCACUUCACCAAUCUAACAUCCUUGACAACUUUGUGGAUUGGGGAAAACAAAUUAACGUUUAAGUUAAACGUUAAAAACUGGAUACCACCUUUCAAACUUCAAGUGUUAAGAAUAGGUUUUUGCAAUUUAGGCCCUCGUUUCCCUUUAUGGAUUCAGUCGCAAACAAGCUUAACAGAACUGGAUUUAGCAAACACAAACAUAUCAGACCUCAUCCCCAAUUGGAUUUGGACUACAUUCUCCAGUGUCACAUACUUUAACAUAUCCCACAACAACAUUCAAGGAAUGUUGGGAAAUGUUAGUUUUCUUACACCAGGAGCAUUACUAGAUCUAAGUUACAACAGUUUUCAUGGUCUGUUACCUGGUCAUUUCAAUAGACCUGACUUAGAUCUGCUAGAUCUUUCGUCCAAUAGUCUCUCAGGAUCUCUGGAAGAGUUCUUGUGUUCUGGAAUUCAAGAACCGCGACAAUUAAGUGUUCUUAAUCUAGCGAAUAAUAACAUGUCAGGUGUUAUCUCAGAUUGUUGGACGAAUUGGGAGUCUCUAGUCAUUCUAAACCUAGAGAAAAACCAAUUUUCUGGUAUAAUUCCAUCCUCUAUAGGGAAUAUUUCUUCCCUAUUAUCAUUGGAUAUUCGCCAGAACAAACUAUCUGGUAAUUUACCUGUGUCUUUAUUGAACUCCAAAAGCUUGAUAAUUAUUGAGCUUGCAGAAAAUGAACUGGUGGGAAGGAUACCAACAUCAAUAGGGAGAGAAAAUACAAGUCUGAAACUUCUUAGUCUUCGUUCUAACAAAUUGGAGGGUAAAAUUCCAGAUGAAAUAUGUCAUCUCAGUUCUAUACAGAUCAUGGAUCUUGCUCAUAAUGAUCUUUCUGGGAACCUACCAACAUGCUUUACAAACCUCACUGUCAUUUCUGGAAAGGAGAAAUCAAGUCCGUUUAUUCUUUAUGACGAACUUUUCCAAAAUCAAGUUCUAGGAAGUGCAUCGUUGGUGACAAAGGGUCGAGUUUCUACGUAUGAUAACAUUCUUUAUUUGGUGACUACGUUAGACCUUUCUAAUAACAAGUUUUCAGGGUCAAUUCCUGAUGAACUUGUUUCACUUUUGGGCUUACGGUUCCUUAAUCUGUCAAAAAAUAAUUUAACAGGUCAAAUUCCCAACUCGUUUAGCAAAACUGGGAUGCUUGAAUCUUUAGAUCUAUCGGUAAACCAUCUUAAUGGAAACAUUCCUUCAAGCUUGUCAUCGUUAACUUCUUUGAGCUUCUUGGACGUAUCGUACAACAAUCUUGUAGGAAGAAUCCCAACUGGCCCUCAGCUUCAAACCUUCAAUGAGUCGAGUUUCAUUGGAAAUAAACUUUGUGGGGAUCCUCUUCCAGUGUGUUCACCAAAUACUAACGAUCCCAGAGGAACUGAUGACGAACACGAUGAAUCUGAUGGCAUUGAUUGGAUCCUAGUGAUAUUUACAGUACUUGGAUUGGUUAUUGGUUUUUGGAUCAUGAUUGGCCCAUUGAUUGUUAGCAAACGCUGGAGAAAUGCUUAUUAUCAUUUUCUUGAAGGAAUCUGGAUCAAGCUUCAAAAUUCCAUUCUUAUCAUAUUCCCAUGCUUUAGAAGACGUAAGCCCGGUCACGAAGUUUUUAGCUCAAUUGAACAAGUUCAACAAUUUGAUUUAUCACAAUACAUCUACGAUGAUAAGCUCAAAGGCUUUCAUCCGGAGUCCUCAUCAUCUGAAGCUAGCAGCUCGACUCAAAAAAUUCCACAUUCUGAUAACAAGAAGGCCUAACACAGAGGUCUAGGUGCAUAGAAGAUGGUUUAUGCAAAUAAGGAAUCCAUCAAGAAAGAGAAAGUUACAUUCCUAGGGCUAUUUCCAACCAGGAAGGAUCUUGGGAAUAUAUUUCAACUAUGAAGAUAAAUAUGAGAAAGCCUAGAAUAAAAUGCUUGCGAGAUGUUAAAUUUAUGUUUGUAAUGACCUGUUAGCUCUUCUACUGUCCUAUGUAAACAAAAGGGGAGUACAUAAGAAACAAAUGUGUUAUAUAGAUUUUUAAGUAUUCUCUUUAAAGUUUCCUUACAA